GGCCGUGUUCAUAACAGGGGGCGGAGCACGCUCAGGACCCUCCUCCCUCCCUGCUCUCCUGUGUUGGUAAACGUUCUCCCUCAGACCCACGUGGCUUUGCGAGAGACGACCGCAUGGCUCUUGCGCCCCGCGGCUUCCUGGGAACUGUAGUUCCUCGCCCCUCCCGCUUUCCUAUAAGCUCCCUCCCAACUCGUUCACAACGUGACUACAUUUCCCAUGCGUAGCCGCGAGGGAAGGGGAGCCCGACCUCUCCCGCUAAACGCCGCCGCGCGAAGCACUCUGGGGCUUGUGGUUCGAGCGCGGAGCGGGAACCUUUCCCGCUUUUUUUUUUUUUAAUCCUCCCUUUCCCUGCCCCGCCUCUCCCCUCCGAAUGGGAGCAAGCUCACCUCUCCACCCCGCCCCCACCCUACAGAGGACUACGUUUCCCAGCAGGCCUCGGGACCCUUCCCCCCCUCCUUCCCUCCCCCUUCGCCUCACCGCGCGCGCCCUUCCCUCCCCCGCCCCCGCCUUCACUUUUGGCGGAGACAUUUCCGAAGCGAGUCUCUCCAAGAUGGCGGCAUGGGGAAGGAGGCGCGCGGGCCCCGGCAGCUCCAGCGGAGGCGGCGCCGGCGCGAGGGAGAGGUGAGCGGCGGAGGCCCGGCUGGCUGCCCGGCGGCCUCCUCCCCGCCCCCGGCUCCCGGCCUUCACGCCCUGGGCCUAGGGGAGCCGAGGGCUGCUUCUCCCCUCACGCCCCCCUCAGGCCCCUCAGCUUCUCUGAGGCCUCCUCUUGGCCUUGCAGGGGACGAAGCGGGGGCCAGGCCUCGAGACUCGCCAACGGCGGCGAAGGCAGCUUCCGGGGCGCCUCUGUGGGACGGGAGAGCCGGGAAGGAGGGUGCGGGUUGGCCUUUGGGAUAAGGGAGGGGAUGGCCGGCUGGGAAGGAAGAGGGCUGCUAAAGGAUUGCCCGAAGAAGCGGGGGGUGCCGAGGUCAUUGGGUUUAGGAGGCAGGAGGGGUCGCUCCGGGGUUGAGGGGGCUAGAGGGGUGGCAGAGGCGAGGGAGGGGAAACGAGGCUUCGGCCUGUGCGGCACAAGGCCUUGGCAUAAGUAGAACGAGGGGGCCAUCCUCGGGAGAAGCCAGGGGCAGGAGGAGUCGGGGGCUGCAGGAGUUCAUCCUUGGGGGAAAGGGGAAGGGAAGAAUGGGGGGCGCAGGGAGUGGGGCGAGAGGGUGGGCACGGGAUGGAUUAGGGGUUGCAGGGCUCCUGGAGGAGGUGCUGCCGAAAGAGAGGUCAAACGAGUGUGUGAUAUGGGGGGGGGCGCUGGAGGCACCAACGUGUGAAGCUUCUGUGAGCGAGGAGGAAUCCAGUUGCCUCACAAGGUCUGGGUUCGGGGUGGGGGAAAGGUCGUGGCUCCAUCAGGCUGUGGGAAAAGUAGGUAUCCCCUCACCGCAGCUUGGAGAGGGAGGGGCAUCAGGCCUGUGGCAAGGGAAGGUCAGUACACAAAGUCCCUUAACUCCGGGCGUGUUUCACUCAUCCCAGAUGUUAGACCCGGAGGUGACAAGAGUAGCUUCUGCUUAGACUAAGAAUAUUCUUGGAUGCUCUUAAAAUCUAUUUUUGAAGGCUGCAAAUGCUCCCCCAAAGUCCUCUGAGAGUGACCUCUUGGUGCACAGCUGUUCCUGUUGGUUGAGUGAUUUAUGUUUUUAGGUGUUGCAUUGUUAUGGAUUCGGAAGGUUAGGGAGUUGGUGGGGUGGAAUUAAGCUGGUGGCUCCUGGCUGUGGCAGUUUCACCCCCUUUGGCCAUCAGCUCUCACUUUACCUCUAUGUAGAUAAUGGUAGGAGGUAAAACAAAGAAUAUUUACAUAGUUUUCUUGUGGGGUUUCUCCCAUUGCUCAAAUUAACCCCAAAAGUUUUAACAUAUUGUAUUUUUAGUUUUGAAGUUCAGUCUUUCAUUGUAAAUAUUCCCACUUUUAAGGGUAAGCUUCUAAAAGAUCGGUAUUUGCAACUCUCAGUUGAAACUAUUGCUGUGUAACUCCUAAUUAUAAUUUUGCAUCCCAGUUUCAAUGGUUUCAGCAAACUUCCCUAACUUCAGUUGUUGCUUGUUGCAUUCUCUCCCAUGAAGGCAGAAUGAGGAUUUUUUAGUAAUGGUUAGGGCAUUUUAGACUACAGUGGAGAAAGGCACAAUUCUUCUGAAGUAUCAAUGAAAAGAUAAAUACUUUCAGCUUUAUGUUAAAAUGGUUGAAGCCAAUAAGGAAUAGAUGAAAUGAGCUCUUCCGUUGAAAAAGAGUUUAAGACUUCUAAGUCAAUGUAAUAAGAAAGUUACCCAUAUUGAGCGGAGUGUUUGUGAAUAUGCUAGAGCAGUUAGAACCUGGACCAAUCAUGUUUAAGGCAGUUAGAGGCAACUGGGGUAAAGAAAUGUUCUGUGUUGCAUGUGAAGUCUGCAGAAGUGUUUUUCUGAGAGUCUGUUGCUUGGGAAGCUGAUGUAGUCCAAAACAGCUGGAAGGAAUCAAGUUGGGGAAUGCUGACUUAAACAAUGGUUAUGCAUUGGCUGCAAACAAGUGUGUGAAACUAUGGUUUGAAUAGCAAAUCUUGGGAUUGCGCUAACCAGGGUUAAGUUUUAAUCUGCAGUGACAAACUGGUAAAAGCAGGUUCUUUGUGCCUUUGCUUGGAGGAUUAGAAGCUGGGCUUAUUGGCACCUAUACCUGCUCUCCAGAGACUGGGUUUAGCCCAACCAGCAUCAUUGUAUGACUGAGUUCUCGAUCAGAGCGAAGUCAACAAAUCCCAGCGGGAACUAACCAUAGCUAAGUAUUAUGUCUGCCAUAGGUAAUUGGAAAACAGUGUAUGCUAGUUGGUAAUGUGGCUCAUAACAGGAGUUGAGUAAUAUUCCUGUUUUUGUAAACAAGUAGAUCAUACCCAGAGUAGACCCAUUUAAAAACUAUUACUUACUUUGAUGCAACCCAUGGUAGGGAUGAUGGGUGUAGUUUUAACCCCUGUUUACAUGCAGCUGACUCAAGAAAUGUUCCAGUUCUUUGUUUCUGGCUGAAAUAAUUAUUAACCCCCUUGUAUUGUGGCUUCUACCCUUCUCUCCAUUGAGAAGCUGGAAAUGUAUAUGUCUGUUUUCUGCCCAUCUUUUUUCAGUGUCCCCUUCUGAGUAACAUCUGUGUGACUUUGGCUGCCAGGAAUGUGUUUUGGACGCAGAACAGAUCUAGUGUUCAUCAAGUAACCACAGAAUACGUGCAGCUUUCAUGGUAGAUGUAUUUCCCUUCAUUUGUCAGUAGGUUAUACCUGCUUCAUGCUUCUUGGAUUUCCCAUCAAUGAGCUUUUUUAAAAAUAUGCUUUCAGGCUAUUUUGAUGCUAGGCAGUUAGCUUAAAAGGGAGUCUUGUUGACAUGAGAGGGUUAAUGUUGGGUGAAUGACUAAUGAAUAAAAUAUUGUCUGGCACGAUGGAAUAUGGUCAAAUUUAAUAAUAUAGCAGAUACCUCAAACCAGUCAGAGGCAUCUCUUUGAGUUAGAAUUCCAGUAAAUUGUCUGUUCAGAUGCUGCUCUUUGACAGGCUGCCUCUUAUAUUAUGAUGUUUGACUGUGGUUGAAAUACUAAUGAAGGCAUGGGGCCUACUUUUUAGCUACAUCACGCUGUCAGCUUUUUAGGGCUUCUCCCCUUCCCAGCUUUACAGGGGUAGUAGAGCACUUACUGCGCAUGCAGAAGAUCCCAGAAUCAAUACCCAGCAUCUCCAGGUAUGAGUUGGGGAAGUCUCUCGUCUGUAAUCCUGGAGAGAUGCUGCCAGUUAGACAGUACUGAACUAGAUUGAUAAACGGUCUGACUUUGUAUACAACAGAUUGCUCGUUAGGGGCAGGUAACCACUGACAACUUCAACCAGCUGCUAUUUCUCCAUCUCAUCCCUCACCCUCAUCAUGAUCUGGGGAUAAUAGACUACAUCAGUUAGAGCAGUAAUGGUUUCUUUAGAUCAAGCAUUGGUCCACAUUCCCUCAAUGGGCACCUUUCCAGGGAUCACAUGCCACAGGAAGAGGCUGAGGAUGGAUGGAACUUUCUCCAUUGUAUAGCAGGCUUCAUUCCAGUCAGGUUUCUACAUACACUUCCCUCUCCAUUCAGGGAAGCAAGGGCAUUAGCACAGUUCAAGGGCGCAUUCCAACCAAGCCAGAAGCAUUCAAGAAAGUGCUGAGCAAGGCUAGGGAGGGGACGCAGCCUGGAAGAACCAAUACAGGGGCCUGAGGUUCCCCACCUUUGGAUUACGUAGUGUCAUCGGCAUAUCUGGUACAGUAUUCAGCCAAAAUAUAUAAGUGCAUUUGGGACAGAUACCUACAGUCAAAGAGGAAGGAGGGAGGAAUGUUGGCAAAUGCAGUUUAAUGUCUUAAACCUUUGUUAUAGUUAGGAAUGAGGAUUAAAGGAGUAAUCCAAAUACUAUGCAGAAGAUAUGGGUUUUGCAGAGGAGAGUGGAGGCACCACAUUUGUUUGGGGUGGGAAUUCCAUGCCAAGGAUGGAAUAAAAAAUGACCAGGCUUGGAAGUACUUGGAAUGUUCAAAUGUGUUUAUGUGUUAAGUGUUAUGUGUGGUACAAGCUUGUGUACUAAUAGUGAACUUAAUUCUCUGAGCAAUGAUCCUUAUGAAACCAAAAUGGCAUCAUUCACACACAAGAUGGAGGUAUUGGCAGCCUUUUAUUAGAUUUAUAAUAAAGGAGCGUAUGGCAGCAAACAUAUCAAUACUAAAUACAAAUAAAACUUGUAGAAACAGUUUGGAACAACCUUCUGAAAACCAGUUUAAAAUGCCUAAAAGCAAUUGUCUGCUCUCAAACUAAUAAUUUCAGGAUUGCCAGGGACAUGACUUUCAGUCAUCCAAAGCCUGACUAAAUAAUGUUUUGAAAUUUCUCUUAAAAAUUAAUAGUGAGGGAGACAGAUGUGCCUCAUUAGGGGGGCAUUCCACAAACAUGGGGCACGCCACUGGCCAGGCACCUCCAAGUGGCUGCAACACCAGCAGGUUCUCCCCUGGUGAUUGUAUAGACUGAGCACUGUUCAAAAUUCACCAGGCGCAUUAUGCGCGGUCCAAUUGUGACCAUGUGGAGAUCUUUGGCUGUUGGUGACUGGCAUCUCUAUCUGGCUGGUCCCUCCAGCUUUCUUAAGCAGGUAAGCAGAAGAGCUUGCUUAUUGCUUUUAUCUCCCACUUUUUUCUGAAAGGAGUACAUGGUUUACCCCCCUUCUCAGCUAAUCCCUACAACCACCCCAUGAGGUAGGUUAGGAGGCUGUGACUGGCCCAAGCUCACUCAGGGAGCAUCAUGACCGAGUGGGGAUUUGAACCCUGAUCUCCUAGGUUCUAGGUCCGACACUCUAACCACUGCUCCACACUGGCUUCCUAAAGUACUUAUGCUCUAAGGCAGCUCUACAAAUUACAUAGGUAAAUAUGGCGAAAGCCAAAUUCAUUUAAGAGAAGGAUCUGGAAUAUUUUCCUUGAAGCUUGAAUUUGUUAUGUUCUGGAUUGUUUUAUUUGAUGUUUUAAUGUGUUGUAAACUGCUUUGACAUUUUUUUCCUUUAAAAUAUAAAGUGGUAUAGAAAUGAAAUUAAUAACAAUAAUUAAUUCCAUUUCAAAAAAGGGCACCUAGACACUCCAUUGUGACACUAUAACCUAGGUUUAAGGUGCUAUUUGGCAAUUAGCUUGUGUAUCAAUGAGUUUCUAAAACUGGGCCUGAGAUGGCUGGUACUGUUUUAAAAAACCGAAAAGACAGAGUGGGGAGUCUGCAAGGUGGGUCCCAUGAGGAAAGGACAUGCGCAGUGGCCAUAGAGCACUUAUUAAUAUCGGAGGGGUGGAGGUGAAAACUGGGUGGGAAGAAUAGGGUGGAGGAAUAAUCCACUGCAGCAUUUUGUUGCAACCUCCACUUGUUCCAUCUGUUACAGAUAUUCAGGCAGUGAGAGUGCCGUCGCAUAUAUAGCCAGAGAGGUACCAUCCACAAGGCAGAGGGAGGUGUCAGCAGGCUCGGAGGAACCUUGAGGUUUGCAGAAGUACAAUAAACAUUUAGAGAAACUAGCAAUUUACUGUGAUUAUAUGAUCCUGUGAUUGUUUUCUUGUGUGAAACACUAGGCGCACAUUCAGCUGUGUGACUCUUCAAGUUGAUCAAACACAGUGGACAACCUACUUUUAUUCAGCUCUGAAGUUUUGGCUUUUCCAUUCUGAGUGAAAAUCUGCUGGGCCACUUCACAUGCGUUGCUGUCCUUUCUUUUGUUUCAUGCGCCCCUCUUCAACGCUCUCUUGAGCAUGGCUUUGCAUCAGGGGGCUGAUAUUAAUGGUAAUACCUAGACUACACUACAGUGUGUGUGGUUAGGCGUUCUGGGGUGGGCAUCCUCUCCAUUCAGCUCUGAUCUCCAGUUACUGCCCUGUUGUUGCAGCUCUGAGGUUUCCCCAGCAAUCUUGUCAAACCAUGUACAGCCUUGGUGAUACUGAAUUCUUUAACCAUGGUUAGCAUUGAAAGAGUUUGAUACACAUAACACAUGCUUGUCUUCGGCUGUGUCAGAAAGGGCUGACCCUAGCGAUUAGACUUGGGACAAAGUGAUCCAAGACCCCUACGGUGUGCGGCUCUUGGUAUUUAAUGGCAUUUGAAAGAUCAUGCAAUUAUUCGGAUGUACCCUUCUAUACUUGACACACCAUGUGACGUAAACUUUGCCAGUCGGCAGUGCAAGAAUUCCUCUCCUACCAAGAACCACUUAUUUGUCCUCGUUUGAUUUAAAUAACAUUUUAUUUCAUUUCUUAAUAACUGACACGGAGAGAAUUUGAUAUAAAAAAUUGUCCAAAAGGCAUUCAGAAAUGCUUGCACUCUACAAUGUUUAUGGUAGUACUUUGGUUUUGGUAUUCCCUUCCAAGGCAUCUCUUGAACCUAGGCUUCUAUCAUUUAGGUGCUGGGUUAAAACUGUAUUUUUACUUUGGCUUUUAAUUGAAUUAUGACCUGCCUUUUUUUAACAGGCUGCUGGUUUUCAUUGGCACAACUUUUUAUUAUUUUUAUGACCUGCGUUUCAACUUUAUAUUGUAAGCUGCUUUGAGCAUAUUUGAUGGAAAGGUGAGAUAGAAUGUGGAUUGUCAACUGAUUGUUUAGUUGGUCUGCUGUGCAAAUCACCAGUUGAUUAUUAAAUGGGGAUGUUACAGGUACCUCAUAUAUGUGCCUUUUGUGACACAGAAGGUGUAAAAGUGUAAAGCUGUAAAGCAGUAGUUUAAAAACUGCUGCUCAUUGUUGGGACGGAAGGUCAUCUUAGUAUUUCCGUUCAUUGCCUAUUACAGGAAGGCACGAAAAUGACAUCAGAGAACAAACAUGUGCCUUUAGCUUGCAUUGCAGUGGAUUAAAAUUUGCCCCCCACCAAUUAACUAAAGGAUUAUUUGAGUGAUCAACCAAUUACAGCUUGCAGCAGUACUAUGUAUGCGUGUGAAUGUGAGGUUUUCAAAUUCCUAUGCAGCUGAAUGCAGGAAUUUCUCCCGCUGUGGGUGUGUAUACAUUAAAGCUUGCAGUCUUGAAACAUACAUUUUUGCUAUUGCUAGAUCCUCCCUCUCCUGCCCCUGCCCCCCGACCCCCUGCUGGGCUGUCUCAAAUGUAUGAAGAGGCAAUCCUGUCCCAGCUGUAGGUUUAUUUGUGCUGUACUUUAUAUGCAGGGUUCAGACUUAAUCUCGGGGUUCUUGGGUGACAAGUGUACAGACUUUCAUCUUCAAUGUAUUGAAGCCCAUGGGUUUUCGCAACUGGUGAAUGCAGUGUUGUUGUUUUAAAAGGAAUUCCUAAUGAGGCUGUCACAUGAUGGAUAGCCUCUAUGGAUUUCUCUACACGCUUCUCGAGAUUCUAAUCCUUGCUCUGAUUUAGAGAGAGAAUUGGGUGUGCUGAGCUUUUUUGCAACAGUGCUAAAAUUUGCACCCCUCCCAGUGUCAUCGGUGGGAACGUUAUUCCAGGCAGACGCUAAACAAACUCCACACCAUACAAAGCUUCCCUUUGUUUUGGAUGAGAGGGUCUAGAAAAAGAAUGUGUAGAGUACACAGCUGCUCCAAAGCUUUGUUCCAUCCCAUUUUGAACAAAGGUGUCCUUUGGCUAUGUGGUCUGGAAAAAGCUUUCUCCUGCCGUGGUGGCUUUAAAAUGGGCUAAGUUGAUCUGCGUCUCAAGCACAAUACUAGCAGGGUGCUUCAAUCCCUGCUUGUUAUAGAAAGAGGAGAGUACAUUUUAAAGUCCCUCUUCAAGAGAUUGCUAUUUACUGGCUUUUUGUUCAGAAUAAAUCCUAAAGAGGAGAUGGGGGAUGUGGCAGUCAUAUUCCUGGUCUUCAAAACUGAGGUAGCUUUUAAAAGAGUCUACCCCCUUCCAAGUCAAGUAAACAAGAUUGCUCCUUGAAUCUUGUUUUGCAUGGUGUACCUCACCGCAGCAUCAAAAGUUUUAAAAUUUCAAAGCAGCUUGAAAUGUUUUGUCCAAAUUGACUGAUAGCCAUUUUGCAGUGGGCUUUUCUUGGCUUCCCAGGAGGGAAUGUGGAAACUAUUUCAAUAGCACCCCCCCCCCAACAAGCACUUUUUGAUUUAGUGUGUAUUGAUCUGCCCUGCUGAUGUUCUCAGACAUGCUUUCAGUAGCAUCCAAUAUCUUAAUCCUUGCUCAUAGUCUGCUAAUGAAUACAGCAGUGUGUCCUGUUCUGGUUGAUGACUUCUUAAUGUUGCCUCUCUUGCUGCUUGUGUUUCUGAAGUUCCGCUUUUACAUUUGCUUUGGACCUUGCAUAUUGUGAUUGGGAACUGGUUUUGUGAAUACGCAUUAGGAAGGCCAUCAAGGUGUAUCAAUUGUGGCUGUUCCUUUGAAACACGUGGGAGCAACAACAGGGAAAUGACUGGAUCUCCUUACCAUGUAUCUUGAAGGGGGAGGAGCCAUAGCCUUGUACAUCGGGGGCAGAACAAUCUAACCAUAGGAGUCCAGUGUCAUUUAUGCAAGGGUAAAUUAUGCUGGUGUAACUGACCCCUAUUGCAAACUGUUCAGGGGUGGGGCUGAGCCUAGCAGUGGGAAAUGAAGAAUUUAGAAAUGGAGUUUGACUUAAACCACUGUUUUCAUCAGUGUAAUUUGUGCUGAGUUGCUAGGUAAUGUGACCAAGCUGAACAGAGUCUGGAACAGAGGUAAAUCUGCCCGAAUGCUCCUUUUUUGAGACUAGUUCCAGCUGAGCUGGGUUGGAGGAUGGACUGGUGCAUCUCUGACUGAGCUGGAACGAGGGGCUUUACCUAGCUGAGCCCUGACUCAAUUGGAGAUCCACCUAUUCCAAACUCUUGGCAGAUCAGAUCUUGGGUUUGGAUUGCUCCCAAAAUGUAUCUAAAUGUGGGGAAUCACUUCCCUAAUGCAAAAUAUAUGUAUGUUCAAGUCAUUACACUAGUUCAAUUCAACAGGACCUGCAGGAGAGCUGGCUGUGGCCACCCACCCACAGUGAGACAAGUAGAAUAAAACAGCAAAAUGUUCAUAGUAGAACACUGAAAGGGAGCAGGGAAUGUGGUGCAGUAUGGCAUUGGUAGCACUGUUUUGCGUGUUGGGAGUGAACCAAAGAGGAUCUCCCCUUCAUUUAUUUGUCUUCCUCUAGUCACAGACCCGUGAAGGAUCCAUAAGCAAAACUGCAAAGUACUGCUGGUUCAGAAAAUGUUCUGAAUUUCUAAACUUGAAAGAGGUAGGAUCUGUUUUCCCUCCCAGGCCCAUUAAUUUCUAGUGUGAGUAUGGAUUGGUUAAUUUCCAAGCUCCAUGUAGCUAAAUGGUCCCACUCUCCAGGUUGGUGUUUUGGAAACCUUCCUCAGGAAAGCUUUUUGCCUUCAGAAACUGGCCUCUGAAAAAGUAGGUACACCUUGCUUGCAGGAACAGUCCUGUGAUGUUAAUUCUUAAUGUCAGCGGCCACCUUCAGACUUUGGCCAGUUAUACUGAUAACACACACUGCUUUAUAUCAUUGGAAAACGUGGUCAGUUUUGAGGAAAAGAAAUAAAAGGAUGAGGCUGUUCUCAAGGGAGGGAAAGACAGUAAAAGUCAAGAUCUGGUUGCCACUACUUGAGGGUCUGAAAGUGUUGUUUUGUGUAGUGUCCAGUACCAAUCCCAUGAUCUUUAUCAUCACCAAAAGCAACACCAAACUUUUUUGUGUGAGAUUUCUAAACUGCCCUUCAUCAAGGGGAUACCAGGAACUCAAUAUGGAAAAUUGUCUGGAAAGGAGCUCAGCCAGACCCUGAUAUGGUGACCUGCCAUCAUUUUUGAAGCAUUUGGUGCAGAAGUUCCUAUCUAGCCCAUGUGAUUAAGGAAUAAAGUUUGAAAACAUGUGGCUAGUGCCUGCUGUGAAGGCUUAGUUACCAAAGGGAUUUUUGGACAAGUCUUCCCAUCGUAACAGGUUUCUGUACUAUGACGAGUCUCCCAAAUCAGUUGAUAAUUUUCAUGCGCUCAUGUUACCUGGCCCUCUAAUGCCUGAGUUCAUGUUGGAACAAGGCUAGGAAUAUUGUGACUCAAACAAAUUUUGUAUGGGUGUCCUUAAAUUCGGAGCACAAGAUGUUGAUGUCCUCAGUGCACUAUAACAGUAAAAUAAGAAGUGCAGAACAACAGGUUUAUGACCACCAAGUAAAUAAGACCUGAACUGCUACUAGGCUAGUAAAAAAAAGUGAGUGUAUGUGGUUUCUAUGGGGGGGGUCAGUUCCCUCUCUGCUGGACCACUGUGGGUCGUGUCCCCCCCCCCCCAUGCUGGUUGUAGAGCCUUUUCAUCCUCUGCAGUUAGUACAGAAACCACGCAGAGGAGGAUCAGUCAUCCUUCCCUUUACUGCCAGGCUUGCUUGCCUAGAAUUCUUAAUUUGGCUACAGCCCCUAGGCAAGCUUAUAGGUUGUACUGAUGGGGGGAAGGCAGGGAGCAAGGCCAGUUCACAACCCUCAAGUAACUCACUUGCCUUUUCUUCCGACAGGGUCACCUUGUCUGCCACGGACUGUUACAUUGUUCACGAAAUCUACAACGGCGAGAAUGCUCAGGACCAGUUUGAAUACGAGCUGGAACAGGCCUUAGAGGCUCAGUACAAAUACAUUGUGAUUGAGCCCACGCGCAUUGGGGACGAGACGGCCCGCUGGAUCACUGUUGGGAACUGCCUGCACAAGACGGCCGUGCUAGCGGGCACAGCCUGCCUCUUCACCCCCCUGGCUGUUCCCGUAGAUUAUUCCCAUUACAUCUCUUUGCCUGCUGGCGUCCUCAGCAUAGCCUGCUGCACCCUCUAUGGGAUCUCUUGGCAAUUCGACCCCUGCUGCAAGUACCAAGUGGAGUAUAAUGCCUAUAAACUCUCUCGCCUGCCCCUGCAUACACUCACCUCCUCCACUCCCGUGGUUCUGGUGAGGAAGGACGACCUGCACAGAAAGAGACUGCAUAACACGAUAGCACUCGCUGCCCUGGUGUACUGUGUAAAGAAGAUUUAUGAACUUUACGCCGUAUGAUUGCGGCAGAGGAAGGAGAAAUCCGCAAAGACAAAAAAAAAAAAAGUGUAUUAAGACUCCCACAGUGACAUUCAACUUUUCUUCUUGAAGUGGUGCCUGGGAAGCAGUUUGGUUUAUCCAUAUAUUAUUUUUUUGUUAUUUUUAGAACAAAAAUAACAUGUCACUGGGUGCAUCAAGGGAAUUUUCAGUUUUCUUACACCUCAGACAUGGAUCUGCCGUGAAAAGGAACACUGUGGGAGCUGAAGUCAAUAAUGGAAUGUCAAUGAACGGAAAGAUACCUAAGAGGGAGUGUGGGUUUUUUGUUUUCCCCCCAAGAAACCUUUAAGUAUAUUGUUUAAUUGUAUUCUACAGAACCAGCUCAAAGUUAUCACUGACCAUUCAUUAAAGGAUGAGAAUUUCAAGUGGUUUGCUU